GCAUCACAGUUAGUGCCCGCCCACAGCUCACUACCGUACAGGUAGACAGGCGCCACUGUGGCAUCAUACAGGUGGAAGCGUGUUUGUAGGUCAAGGGCAGGAAGCUGCCUAAGGCGACGUCGAUAUACCGCUAGCGCAGCCACCCCUUUCUUGGCCAUCAUAUCUAUGUGAUGCUUCCACCCGCCCCUCUCAUGAAAUCAUACACCCAGAUAGCAGACCAACGGCACUCGUUCUAGUAGCCUAUCUGGCGUCCCAAAGUAGAACUGUCUGUCUGCCUCACUCGAUGGCACCCGAUCAGGAUGAAACACAACAAUUUUGGUUUUGUCUAGGUGCACGUCCAUGUGGUUGACGCGACACCACUGAAACAAACGAUCCAAGCUAAGUUGAAGCCCAACAGCAGUAGUGUGCAUGAGAGCGAGGUCAUCAGCAUACAGCAGGCAGAAGACGAGCACAUCGAGUAAACGGAGAAGGUCAGGUGGAGAUGCAUGUCCGUCGCGAAUGAAGCCAGGCAAAUCAUUAACAAAGAGGGAAAACAGCAAGGGGCCCAGAACAUCGCCUUGCUUGACACCAUGCAGCUCAUUGAAGACGCUAGAGAAGCCCUCAUACCCGCCAUCCACACAAGCCUCUACAUUAGCAUACAGGGCCUCGAGAGCCCGAACGACUCGCUCGCUAAUGCCACUAGCACGUAACUUACACCACAGCAGGCUACGGUUGAUCGAGUCGAACGCCUUGCGAAAAUCGACAAAACAAACAUACAGAGGGGAGUUAGCUCGCCUGGCCCGCUCGAUGAGCGAUGCCAAGACAAAGCACUGACCGAUCGUGGAGUGGUUUGUGCGAAAACCUGCCUGCUCAGGGCAUAUUGUUGACUGACGCAGCAGCUCUGACUGAAGCACAUUACCAUACAGCUUCAUGAAGACGGGCAGCAAGUGAAUCCCUCUAUAAUUGCCAGGGUCAUCUAGGGGGCCUUUUUUACGGAUGGGAUGAAUAAGAUUGCGAUCAAAUGGCAGUGGGCAGGCAGUUUCUGGGUUUGGGUUUCAGGGUUUGUUCUUGAGCUUGCAAAGAGUCGGGGAAACCGAUGACAAGGAAAUGGGUGCUAACGCGAGCAGAAGGAGCAACGACGAGCACUGGCCAUCCAUCCGUGGCCAGCAGCCGGACUUCAUCCAUCGAGAAGAGCGGGAUAGGCUGCACAAGCUCAAGGACUUGGGCGUCCUCAGAUCCACCGCCCUCUUCCUAUCGCAGGUCGACUUCGAGACCGACGUGCUGCGCCGCCGCCUCGCCCGCGGCCUUCACGAAACGACACUCGCCGACGGGACGCCGCUGGAUGCCGUGGUGACGUUCGAUGACGCGCAGCUGGAGGACCAGCUGCUGCUGCAGGUACACAGAAGGAAGACACAGAUGGCAUGGGGGAUGGGCGCCACGCUCCACUGUCUGUGUGUCACUGCAGGCCACGUACCUGGUUGAGGAUCAGAGUUGGGACGAGGUGGCCGACGCGCUGCGGCUGGCCCAUCAGGUCACCCACUGUGAGCUGCCGGUCAUCGUCACACAGCAAGAUCUCGAGAAACACCGUAGCAAACAGGUCGGUGGGCUGAAAGGGAAGGAAAGGGGAUGGAUGGGUGGCACUCAUCUCUCCGUGUGUGCCACGUCAGGCGUAUUUGGCUCAGCCGCGUGUGGUGGCGCUGUGGAAGAUGCUCGGCCGCCACGUCGACUUUGGUGGCGAGCGGGGCAGAUUUGAGCUGUUCGACCACGGCAAUGGCGACCUGCGGGCCGUCAAGGACGAGCCCGAGUGCCGCCUCAAUCUGACCCCCCUGCCCCCCGCCCACCACUACCACCCACACGCAAGCCCCCACAACACCCCCGUCAGACACCACAUCGUCGGUUACAACGAAGACGGCUGGGACACUGAUGAUGGCCCUGUGAUCAUCGAGGCGUCAUUUUCCUCCUUGUUGGUGAGCACCAUCUUGCUGCCCAACUAUGCCGACAUGGAUCUCACCGAGAAAGACAUAGACCGGUCGGUCAGAUGGCAAGGGGCACACCGAUUGUUGUCGUCCCUGAUUCUUCAUUGGCUUGGCUGCGUGUGUCUGCAGCGAUGCCCGUGGCGGCGUGUUGGUGGGUCUGCUCGAUCAGUCGGUCCACCAGCCGGUUGAGGGCACCACGGCUGUCACGGCGUGGACCAUUCACGACACACCACUCAAGUUCAAGCUCUUGCUGCUGACGCCAUUCGACCACCCCUUCAUCGCACUCAUCGACAUCCGAAUCGACGACUCGAAGGAUAGACGAGGCAAGUUAGGGAUGGGGAAGUGUCACUCAGACAGACAACCCAUUCAUUCUCCUGUGCUGUGUCUCUGCAGUGUCUGUGAAGGUGUUGACGACCGAGCCGCCAGCAGCGGGUGUGUCUGCUGAUGCGCCCUUCAAGCAGCGCUUCCCCCGCACCACCGCCAUGGCGCGCCCCGUCCUGGGCCCCAUCGCACCCAUUGUGUUCGACGGCGAGGACCCCAAUGAGGACGGCAACAACACACAUGGCGGCGGCACAGGUGGGUGAGAGGGAGUAGGGGUGAGGUGUGAGAAUGUCAUGCGCACAUACGUGUUGAUCGUCAUGUGUGUGUGCAUGUGUGGCAGGGUAGUUAGCUGUUAGUGGCGGUUAGGCGGCGGAACACUCUGGUGACGGAGGGAAAGGUGUGUAGGGGGUGGAGGGUGGGGGAUGGGUUGGGUUGAGAGGCAUGUGCAUACGUCACUCACUGGUGGAGCUGAUAUGCACACACGUGAUGGAUGGAUGGAUGGAUGGACGUGCUGUGGUGACCUUGCGUUCCUGUGUG